CAAGAUUCAAUAGCAGAAAAUUCGUCACCGUCGUAAUAACACUACAGUCCCUACUAGAAAAAACCUCCCGAAAACCCUCAUUUUCUCUCUCUAAAUCAAACACCACUUUCUCUCUCUACGGUGGUUGAAAUGGCGGAGACUUCGUCGUCAACAGAGGUGGUAGAAAGGAGGGGAAUCCCUGCCGCCGCAUUCGUGGAGGAUGUCCAGACUUACCUUAAUAAAUCUGAUCUCGAUGUCAACUCUGCUCUCGCUUCCUUUCAAGAACGGCUUCAGCAAUACAAGUUAGUUGAGAUGAAACUUCUUGCGCAACAGAGAGAUCUUCAGGCCAAGAUUCCUGAUAUAGAGAAGUGCUUAGACAUUGUUGCGACAUUGCAAGCAAGGAAGGGUUCUGGUGAGCCCCUGCUAGCUGAUUUUGAGGUCUCUGAAGGCAUAUUUUCACGAGCUUGUAUUGAGGAUUCAGAUUCAGUAUGCUUAUGGCUGGGGGCAAAUGUGAUGCUGGAGUAUUCAUGCGAAGAGGCCAAUACUCUUUUACAAAAGAAUCUGGAAAAUGCCAAAGCCAGUUUAGAGGUGCUGGUUGGUGAUCUUCAAUUUAUAAGAGAUCAAACGACAAUUACACAGGUUACAAUCGCCCGUGUUUACAAUUGGGAUGUUCAUCAACGUAGACGCCAAGCAGCUGUCCCAUCUAUUACCGAUACAGAUUUGUGAAACAGCCGCUGGCAACCUGUAUAAGGAGGUGGUUUCCCUUGCUUUUCUUUUUGAGAGUUCACUUAAACUUCAAUAUUUGAAGUAGGCUAGUGCAUGUAUUGUAUGUUCCUUAUAAAAACUAAAUUAUAUCACAAUCUUAUAAUUUCAGCAGUAGUCUCGUUUUGUAUUCUUCCCCCAGAUUUCGGAUUUUUCGCAGUCGAGUCGUGAAAUAGUCAAAUCUUUCUUUUCA